UCCGGACGGGAGGGGAGGAGCGGCCGGGCUGGAGUGGGGUGUCUGGGUCCUCAGAGUCCGAGGUCGCCUCCUUGCCAAGUGGCCCCGGCGCUCCCGCCCCUCCCACCGGCUAGGGUUUGGCCGUGGGGGCCGCACCUGGGCGCGCGGUUUCGGUCUGACCGGACUCGGAGCUAGUUUCGAUUAGGGACAGCGGCUGGGCGAGAGGGCGGAGCGGUCGGGACGCGAGAGAGGAGGGGACUCGGCGUGAGAAGCUCAGCGGGGACAGUCCCGCGCGGGAGACAAAGAGCGCCCAGAGAGCGCAGCGAGCAUCGCUGCUACCCAGCCCGGCCACCUCGCAGACUUUAGGACUGGGUGCGCGGCGGAGCAGGCACAGCUGCUGGGGACCCACGAGGCUACGCGGGAUGCGGACGCCGUUGGUGAUGACGCUGGGCAUGGUGCUCACGCCCUGCGGGUUGCUGCUCAAUCUCGUCAGCACACUGGCCCCGGGCUGGCGGCUGGUGAAGGGCUUUCUGGACCAGCCAGUGGACGUGGUGCUGUACCAGGGGCUGUGGGACAUAUGUCGCGAGCAGAGCAGUCGCGAGCGCGAGUGCGGCCAGCCCGACGAGUGGAACUACUUCCAGACUCAGCCCGUGCAGGUGGCCCGGGGACUCAUGAUCACGUCACUGGCCACUACCGCCUUGGGGCUGCUGCUGGCUUCGCUCGGCGUGCGCUGUUGGCAAGAUGAGCCUCACUUCGGGCUAGCCGGCCUCUCCGGCGUGGUGCUUUUCGCAGCCGGCCUCUUCAGCCUCAUCCCGGUCUCCUGGUAUAACCACUUCUUGACAGAUCCCUCCGUCCUGGCCGCCCCGAGCCCGCCGGUCACCACGCAGGUCAGCUACAGCCUGGUGCUGGGCUACUUAGGCAGUUGCCUGCUGCUGCUGGGCGGCUUCUCGCUGGCGCUCAGUUUUGCGCCCUGGUGUGAAGAGCGUUGUCGCCGGUGUCGCAAGGCGCCCCCAGCAGGCCCGCGCCGCAGCAGCAUCAGCACCGUCUACGUGGACUGGCCGGAACCCGCGCUCACACCUGCCAUCAAGUACUACAGCGAGGGGCAGCAUCGGCCUCCUCCCGCUGAGCACAGGGACACCAGCAAGCUCAAGGUGGGAUUCCCGAUGCCACGACCGCCACCCAAGGCCUACACCAACCCGAUGGAUGUGCUUGAGGGAGAGGAAAAGAAGACAGCCACUUCCCAAGGCGGAUCCUCCUCUCGCAGCACUCGGCCCUGCCAAAGUUCGCUGCCCUGUGACUCCGACCUGUAGAUAGGGCUCGCCUGAGCUCCGCCUAGGGUCUGAGUGAGGGUGACUUGAACUUCUGUAUGACCAGUACAUCUGCAACUAGAACCCUGCACGGCCUUCCUCUAACUGGAGGGCAAGCCUUCCUUUCCUGGGGCCAAACUCCUCUCCAAAUAUUAGGUUGGAUUCUUUUAUCUUUUAAGGAGUUUUACUUUUCUCUCCAGAGGGACCAGGUCUUCUUAUGGAGUGACAAGAGUGGGUGGCGUUUUGCAUACUGUUCAUCGCAGCAGCGACAAAAUUGCAAUCAGCCAACAGGCUUUAAAAAGUCCUUGAAAGUACAGUAUUCUAAGUAACCCAUGAGCCUUCACAAUCAUCCCUCUUGAGGUGUUUUGUUUCGUUUUUCUCUCUGCUUUCAGUCUCCAGAGAACAUAACUGGCCGAGAGUGUAAGUCUGGCUGUGUUUGAAGGUUAUGCCAUAAAGCCAGCACUUUAAUGGUUUUUAUGAAGUGAAGUAACUUGUUCAACUCAUGUUUAUAGUUCUCCGUGCGUAUCUAUUAUUUAUCUUUUCUAAUCACUUCUUUCUGUGUAGGAGGUUAAGCUUGUCUUCCAGAAGCCAGGGCGAUGCUACGCUGCCCUGUUCCCUAGAUACCUCAUCCCAAACAGAGAUAUAUUUUGUACAAAACGAACUGUUGAGUUGCAUUUGGCUAGAGUCCAUAUGUACCUAUCUUAUUUAUAAAUAAAAAUUGUUACUGUCAGUUUCGGUAUCCCUA